AUGGCUUCAGCUUUCGAGUCCCCAUUCAAACCCCCACCAAUCGUCGAAUGCAUCUCUGGAUCUCAUUGUCUCGGCAUCGGCAAGAAAAUCCACAAUACAGACCGGGUUUGUGCUGACUGUCUUCAACGACACGAUCCACAGCAACUGCGCGUGUGGACUAACCCAAACACUGCUGCCUCACUACUUGUCGACGAAGAAGCUACUCGCAAACAAGUCUUGAAACGCAACAUCGAAGCUCGCGGUCGUUAUCUCUGUGCCUUUGAAGAUCCGGAUUUUCAACACUGUAGGUGGCGACUAUACGACUUGAAUCUUCGCGGCACACGACUGGACUGUCCAUCUGUCCGCAAAAAAGGUGCUGCCUGUUCCAGUGUACUGCUAUACAGCCUGCUUGUCAUGCUAGCACCACCUCCAAAGCCUCACUGCGCGUUCGGUACUGCUUGCGGCUCACGUCCGGGAGGACAAGAUCAAGGACCAGAUAUAUGUUCUUGGUGUAAGAACAUGAGCUUCGAUGCCUUGUAUAAGCAAGCCGAAGCACACUCGAACACACGAUUGCUCAAGCAUCUUAUCGACAUGUACAUGCACCAGCUUGAGCGCGACAGCUCCGAACGCAUCAGAAAAGGCUGGGCCUGUCUUUGCGCCUGUAAAGACCCAGAGUAUCGCUUCUCAGCAUGGCGUUGCGACUUCAAUCCCCAGGACUCCCGCCUCUGCGGUACUGUGCGCCAUCGUGGCCAGCUAUGCGCGCGAUGCUACCGCAAAGCACAAGAGCAGGCCUCCCCAUGGCUUGUCGAAUUCGACGGCGACCGAUUUGGGUUUCCAUGCGUGUUUGAAGACCCACGACUAAGAAGGCCCGUUGACAGCAAUUGGAAGAUCGGACCUAGGAACCAGCAUGGCGAGCCCGACCCAAGCUGGGAAAAGGACCCAAGGAGAGACGGACGCUGCGAAAGAACAAGAUUCAAAAACCAGCUUUGCCAAAGAUGUUUUAAUCGCAUGUGCGAGAUUCGUGGGUUCGGCCGGUACUUCGAUACGGAGUGGGGCAUACUCCGUGGCAACUACGGUGUAUGA